GUUGCUUUCAAUGGAGGGCGGAACAUCUUGCCUAGAAGGCCAUCAGCCAGUGUCCUCCCUUCAUCAACUACAAAAGCCCGAAUAACCGCCGACGAACCAACAGUUCCUCACCAUAAGUGCUAUGAAGAUGAAACUCCUCUGGGCAUUACUUUUAGUCACGGCUGCGGCGGCAGCGCCCCAGACCCCAAGGAAUGUGCGAGGGUUGAUUGGGCAGCCUGCAGUCGGUGCCCAAAACUCCAAAACCGCCGAGAACCAGAACACUGAAGACGAAGCAGCUCUCGCCGGCGACCAGGAAUCGGACAAUGAUUUCGAAAGCGAAGCGUCUGAUAAUGACGAAGACAGUCAGGGCCAGCAGGCCUCUAUCGUUGAGGGCCGCACCGGAGCAGCAACAGGUGCCAACCAAGGAAACAACACCAGGAUUUUUGGCCUCUUGAACCCUUUGUUCGGAGGCUUUAACCCACUUGGCAACGUAAUUGGUUCAGCCUUAGGUUUAGGAGGACCUACUGGAUUUGGCUUUGGUGGUAAUCCCGGUUUUGGAGGCGGCUUCGGUGGUAAUCCUGGAUUUGGAGGCGGUUUUGGUGGUAACCCUGGAUUUGGAGGCGGUUUUGGUGGUAACCCUGGAUUUGGAGGCGGCUUCGGUGGUAAUCCUGGAUUUGGAGGCGGCUUUGGUGGUAAUCAAGGAUUUGGAGGCAAUUUCGGUGGCAAUCCUGGCUUUGGAGGCAACUUUGGUGGUAAUCAAGGAUUUGGAGGCAACUUUGGUGGUAAUCAAGGAUUUGGAGGCAACUUUGGAGGCAACCAAGGUUUUGGAGGCAACUUUGGUGGUAAUCCCGGCUCUGGAGGCAACUUCGGAGGCAACCCAGGAUUUGGAGGCAACUUUGGAGGCAACCCCGGCUCUGGAAGCGGCUUUGGAGGCAACUUUGGAGGCAAUCCUGGUGGCUUCGGAGGAAAUCCUACUGGAGGUAAUUUCGGCAGCGGAGUCAAUCCUGGAACCGGCUUUGGAUCCGGCUUCCCCGUGGGCCCUGGAACGGGACCCGUGACCGUCGGCUGAUAAAUUCUAUUUAAGAUUUAAUGUACAAGACAAAACUGUGAUAAGGGAAAGUUAGUUUUACAGCGUGUCAUAAAUAAGUAUUAUGCACAACAAAACAUUGUAUAUAAUCAGACAUAUAUUUUCAUUGUAAUCAGCUUCACGUGAUUAGCGAAACUGUAAAUAAACCAUUAUCAAUAUUUUUA